AUGUCUUCCAUGCUCUACUCUCCCGUUAUUGAGUAUGCCUCCAACGCGAGCAAACUCCUCCUAUCGCCACUUCUAUCCGGUUCACUCCUCGCUGCUGCAACCUUUGCUCCCGACGCCGUGAACAAUGCCCUCGCCUCAAUCGCCGCCAAGCUCCCAGAGCAAGCUUCGCAUACCCUGGAGCUCACGAUCGUCAAGAAGAUUCUAUACGUAUGGCUCAGUUUGGGCAUUGUUCGAACCAUCAACCGGUUCCUCAAUACCAUGGCUCAUAAUUCAUGGAGAAUGAGGGCUGCUUCGGGUUGGGACUGGAAGAAUGAGAUCGCUGUUGUUACUGGUGGCUCGAGCGGUAUUGGCCUGAGCAUUGUCGAGAAGCUUGCCGCCAUGGGAAUUCGUGUCGCUGUCUUUGAUGUUCAAGAUUUACCAAAGCAACUUCAAGUCAACUCGCGCGUUCACUUUUAUCGAUGCGAUGUUACUACAACCGAGUCUGUCGCUGAAGCUGCCGAUGCGGUCCGUAAAGAACUCGGCCACCCAUCAAUCCUCAUCAACAACGCUGGCAUCACUUCCCCCAUGCCCAUCCUCAAGAUGCCAGAGUCGUUCCUACGCAAGAUCAUGGGCGUCAACCUUAUGGCUUUGUGGUACACCACCCAGCAAUUCCUCCCACGCAUGAUCCAGUUGAACAAGGGCCAUGUCAUCACGGUCGCAAGUAUCGCGUCCUUUGUCGCCCUGGCCACAGGAGCCGAUUACUCUGCUACAAAGGCUGGCGCGCUAUCUUUCCACGAGUCGCUUGCUAGUGAGCUCAAGCAUUUCUACAAGGCUCCCAAUGUCUUGACAACAGUGGUUCAUCCCAACUUUGUCCGAACACCUCUUGUCGAGGGCUUUGUGGAUCGCCUGGAGCGUGGUGGUGUUCGUCUCUUGACUGCUGAUGAUAUCGCCAAGGAGGUUGUCGCUCAGAUCAAGAGCCGACGUGGUGGACAGCUCAUCAUUCCCAAGGCUGUCGAUGUUAUUUCUGGCAUUAGAGGGUGGCCAACUUGGCUGCAGGAGGUUGUUCGCGACACAGUUGGCAAGACAGCAGGCAAUUAAGAACAAAACAAAUGGAUGGCGACUGUAUUUAGAAAGCCGAUAGGUAG